GCCUUCCCCUUCCUGGCAGCACGGCGGGGAUUUGGGCUGCCCCGAGCUCCGCACCGCCCGGGGCUGCGCUUCCUCUCCCCACAUUGGGGCCGGUCCUCCUGAGCCGAGCCAGGCUGACACCGAGGACCGAAGCGCCAUGUACGAGCUCAACGACAGCAGCUUCGACCCCAUCACCUUCGUCCUGACAGGCAUCCCAGGCAUGGAGGAGUCCCACAUCUGGAUCUCCGUCCCCUUCUGCCUGAUGUACCUCACUGCAGUGUUCAGCAACUCGGUCCUUCUCUUCGUCAUCAGCACGGACCGGAGCCUCCACGAGCCCAUGUACCUGUUCCUCGCCAUGCUGGCCGUCUCUGAUCUCAUGCUGUCCACCACCACGGUGCCCAAAAUGCUGGCCAUCUUCUGGUUCAGCGCCAGGGAGAUUUCCUUUGAUGCCUGCAUCACACAGAUGUUCUUCACCCAUUUCAGCUUCAUCGUGGAAUCCUCUGUCCUGCUGGCCAUGGCCUUCGACCGCUACGUGGCCGUGUGUGACCCGCUGCGCUACUCGUCCAUCCUGACGCCCUCGGUGAUCGGGAAGAUCGCCCUGACCGCCGUCGUCCGGGGCUUCUGCAUCAUGUUCCCGCCCAUCUUCCUGCUGAAGCGGCUGCCCUACUGCGGGCACAACGUGAUGCCCCACACCUACUGCGAGCACAUGGGCAUCGCCCGCCUGGCCUGCGCCGACAUCAGAGCCAACGUGUGGUACGGGCUGACGACGGCGCUGCUCUCCUCGGGGCUGGACGUCGUGCUCAUCGCCGUGUCCUACGUGCUCAUCCUCCGGGCCGUGUUCCGGCUCCCGUCCCCGGAGGCUCGGCUCAAAACCCUGAGCACCUGCGGCUCCCACCUCUGCGUGAUCCUCAUGUUCUACGUGCCCGCCUUCUUCUCCUUUCUCACGCAUCGCUUCGGCCACCACAUCCCCAGUCGUGUCCACAUCCUCCUGGCCAACCUCUACGUCGUGGUCCCGCCCAUGCUCAACCCCAUUGUCUACGGGGUGAAGACCAGGCAGAUCCGGGAGCGUGUCCUCCGUCUCCUCUGCCCCGCGGGGGAGUGUCCCUGUCCCGGCUGUGGGGGCAGGUGCUGAGCAAGGGAAGGGGGACACGGGACAGGGUUUGGAAAGCAGCACCAAGAGCUGCAGCACUUCUCACCCGAGGUUUGCCCAAGGGGUUCAGGACAAGUUGAGGGUGGUGGGAUUUCUGGGGCUUGGGUCAUCAGCACUUUCACUGCUGUUUGUUUCUCCUGGAGCCGCUUCCCAUGGAUGCUCCAUCGUCAGAGACCGCGCAGGUUCAGCUGAGGAGCAUCGAGGCUCCUACACCUCCUGACUCACUGUCACCUGCUGCUGUUGGUUGUGUUUGCUGUCCUACAGACUCGUUUCUGCCUGUUCCUUCACCUGUUCUCUCAGUGCCCAGACUCUGAACACCCCGUCAGUCACCAGACCAGAGCCUGGCACAUCAGCCAUGGCUGGAUGGGCAACUCACUGCUCACCACAGCACAGACGAUGGGUGGCCUGUCCUGCCUUCAUUGCUGAGGGACCCCAGCACCUCUUGCUGCUGAAGGUGUUUGUUUCCCUGCUGAAGGUGUUUCCCUGCUGAAGAACUCUGGGAGGUCAGGAAAGGCUUUAUUGUCCCAUAUUUGAGGGAAGCAUAUCCCCUAAACCAUGACUGCCGAACUGAAUUCAAACGUCUGGAGUGGCUGGUGACCCCAAGGUGUCAGGGAAUGGCUCUCCCUGGAUAUGGGCUCCACAGAAUGUUGUGCCCUGCGUCAGGAUGGGAGCUGGUGGAUCAAACUCAAUCUCCUUGAUGGAGAGCAGGAGCCUCAGGUGCUCUGCUCUCUGGGACCAGGGGUGUUCACACCUGAAUGACGCAGGAGGUGACUGACACAGAAACCAAUCCCUGCUCUGCUCCAGCCAUCCCAGUAACAACUUCAAAAAAAGGGAAAGACAGAGAUUUAUGAUUUCAGAUCAGAACCCCCAAACGUUCUUAACACUCUCAAUGCGUUUCUUCUGGUUUUUUUUUUAUUUUCCUCUGAUUUGAUCAAAGGAGGCACCCUGUGAUGGGCACAGGGGAAAUGAAAGUCUGUUCAUUAAAGGCUGUUUUUCUCCCAGUGGAGAUAACAGAGCCGGGUACAAAAGCUGCUCGUGUC